AUGGCUGAUAAUGCGAUGUCCGAAAAGGCAAAAAAUUCGAAUCUUGAGUGUAGUGAAAAUAUUGCCCAUCGAAAAUCACCGGAUCUAUUUCCCGAAAAUGUUCCUGGUGCGUGGGAUAUGCAUAGAACAUUAACUGCAGUUGCUAAUGAGCCAAAAACCAAUCGGUUCAGAACUGAGUUAGAUCCACAAGACGUACGAUUAGUAAAUGAGCUUGGUCAAUUUAGUGCUGAUCAAUUGAUGGAAUAUGUAAGGAGUUUACAGAAUUCGGCUUAUACAUUAGGAGUAGAAGAAGCAAAGCAGUUUUCUAAAGGAAGAUUUUUGCGAGUCUUUGAGAAGCGAUCAGAAGAAGUGUCCAGGUAA